ACCCCACACGCCACACCCCGCGCCCGCGGUUAAUAAAAGAUCCCUCCCCCCGGCCUCUCCCGACUCUCGCCUCGCCUCCCCAACGCGAGCGAGCCCAACACGCAAACGGAACGCUUCCUCCUCCUCCGCCUCUCCGCCUUAUCCGAUGGCGUCCCUCACCACCACCACCUCCUCACCGGCCGCCCUCCCGGCGGCCACCACCGCCGCCGCGGCCUCGUCCAUAUCCCCCCACGCCGGCUCGAAGCGGCCGCUCCUCGCGGGCGACGACGCGCCCUGGCGCGCCACCGCGGCCACCGCCGCGGGGCAGGGGAUCCGGCCCGUCCCGCGCAUCCACCACGCCCCCGUCCUCCGCGUUGCCACGCAGGAAGACUCCGCCGCCUACGCCCUCGCCAUCAUGAAGCAUCCGGAUCCGAUUGGGGAGGGGCUGGCCAUGGAGGCGUUCGCGGAAGCCGCCGGGCCGGAGUGCAUCGUGCCCGGACAGCAAGCGCCUCUAAGGCUCAUGGGACUCAAGGUUUGGCCCCUUGAUAUAGAUAUGAAGUUCCUAGAGCCAUUUGGACGGGAAUUACAAUCAAUGAAAAAAUUCAUGGACAAAUCGUGCAGUGUUAUGGACUCAUCUAUGGCAAACAAGUAGGCACAUGGCACAUCAGUCCAAUACAGCUGUUGUUGUAUCCACCUGCUUGCUGAAGUUACAAGACCCGAAAAAUAGGAAUUUGGAAGAAGAGCCAUGGAGAAAGCCACAUUCUUUUGCAUAUCUUGCCCACCGUCACCCGACGGAACAAGAUAUGGCAUCGGGAGUGCAGUAACAAUUAGCGAGUAGUCCUGUGUGGAGCCUGGGCGCAGCCUCUGCCAGUAUAAGUGCUCUACGUGUUAUACAUUUUUUAUGUUCAUGAAACGUUGGUCCACUGAGAAAAUAUAUCUUCAGGUGCCAAGGGAUCGGUUUGGGAAAAAAAAAAAUCUUACGGCAAUCUACCUUUUGCUCUCAUGCUACAUCA